UCUCCUCCGCGGCUGUCGAGUGGCUUUCGCAGAAGCGAGUGGCGAGCUCCCUGCUCCAGUCCCGGCUGGGAACUGAAGUGUACGAGCGCGGCUUCAGGAACCCGAGAUCCGGAGCGGCCGGCGCGGGUCGAAGGCCAGGGCGGCGCGCUCAGCUUCGGAGGCCCUGGCUCUGAACCGAGCGGGCUCGGAACUGUGCGGAGGGACAGAGCGCACUACCCGCCGGCCUGGCCCGCGCAGCGGCGGAGAGUCUGGGAGCCGGACCGCGGAAGGCAGCACGGUCAGCCGGGGGCAGAGGGCAGAGUGCCGAGCGGCCUGGCUCGGCGGAGGGCGCCGCCCGGCCCGGCCUCAGCUCGGAGCCCGCGACGGUGGCCAGCGGAGCCCGGAGGGCCGCGGGUCCUGAGCGCCUCCAGCCCACGGCGGGGGGGCGUGCCUCCGCCCGGCCGCGCCGCCCCGGCCCACUGCCCGCCGCGUUGCCCGGGCAUGUGAGCGGGAAGGCCAGGCUGCUGGCCGCCGGGACGUACGGAGCAGAAGCGGGAGCGCGGAGCUGCGACCUCGGGCCAGCGCCUGACCGAUUAGAUGUCCAUGCGGAGCCCUGUCUCUGUGCAGCUGGCCCCUGACAGUGCUAGCACCAUGGUGAACUGCACCAUCAAAUCUGAAGAGAAGAAGGAGCCUCACCACGAGGCCCCCCAGGACACGGCCACCGCAGUGGAGACGCAGCCUGAAGACCCAGCCCUGGCACUGCAGGAUGCUGCCAGCUCACACGCUCCAGCGCAGUGUCUCUUGCAGGACUGUGCCUCACCAGAGAGCAGUGGGUCCCCGGACCCCAAGAGACCAGCAGCUUCUGAGGCUGCUUCGGGAAGCCAGGAGCGGCUGGACUUCAACCGCAACUUACAAGAAGUUGUGCCAGCCAUUGAGAAGCUGCUGUCCAGUGACUGGAAGGAGCGGUUUCUGGGAAGAAGCUCUGUGGAAACCAAGGAUGUCAAAGGGACCCAAGAGGGCCUGGCCGAGAAGGAGCUCCAGCUUCUGGUCAUGAUCCACCAGCUGUCCGCCCUUCGCGACCAGCUCCUCACGGCCCACUCUGAGCAGAAGAACAUGGCGGCCAUGCUGUUUGAGAAGCAGCAGCAACAGAUGGAACUGGCUCGGCAGCAGCAGGAGCAGAUCGCCAAGCAGCAGCAGCAGCUGAUCCAGCAGCAGCACAAGAUCAAUGUCCUCCAGCAGCAGAUCCAGCAGGUUAAUAUGCCUUAUGUCAUGAUCCCAGCCUUUCCCCCAAGUCACCAGCCCCUGCCCGUCACUCCUGACUCCCAACUGGCUUUGCCUAUUCAGCCCAUUCCCUGCAAACCAGUGGAGUACCCGCUGCAGCUGCUGCACAGCCCUCCUGCCCCUGUGGUGAAAAGGCCUGGGGUGGCCACCCACCAUCCUCUGCAGGAACCCCCACAGCCAUUGAACCUCACAGCCAAGCCCAAGGCUCCUGAGCUGCCCAACACCUCCAGCUCCCCCAACCUGAAGAUGAACAGCUGUGGGCCUCGCCCCUCCAGCCACGGGGCUCCCACAAGGGACCUGCAGUCCAGCCCCCCCAGCCUCCCUCUGGGCUUCCUUGGUGAGGGGGAUGCUGUCACCAAAGCCAUCCAGGAUGCUCGCCAGCUGCUGCACGGCCACGGUGGAACUCUGGAAAACUCCCCCAACCCCCCAUUCCGAAAGGACCUCAUCAGCCUGGAGUCUUCCCCAGCUAAGGAGCGGCUGGAGGAGAGCUGUGUGCACCCGCUGGAGGAAGCCAUGCUGAGCUGUGACAUGGAUGGCGCUCGCCAUUUCUCCGAGUCCCGGAACAGCAGCCACAUCAAGAGACCCAUGAAUGCCUUCAUGGUAUGGGCCAAGGACGAGCGGAGGAAAAUUCUCCAGGCCUUCCCGGACAUGCACAACUCCAGCAUCAGCAAGAUUCUUGGCUCUCGCUGGAAGUCCAUGACAAACCAGGAGAAGCAGCCGUACUACGAGGAGCAGGCCCGUCUGAGCCGGCAGCACCUGGAGAAAUACCCCGACUACAAGUACAAGCCCAGGCCUAAGCGCACCUGCGUGGUGGAGGGCCGGCGUCUGCGUGUGGGCGAGUACAAGGCCCUGAUGAGGACACGGCGCCAGGGUGCUCGCCAGAGCUACGCCAUCCCCCCGCAGGCUGGCCAGGCACAGGUGAGCUCCUCAGAUGUCCUGUUCCCUCGGGCAGCAGGCAUACCCCUGGCACAACCACUGGUGGAGCACUAUGUCCCCCAGGGCCUGGACCCCAACAUGCCGGUCAUCAUCAAUACCUGCAGCCUCCGGGAGGAAGGGGAGGGCACAGAUGACAGACACUCAGUGGCUGACGGAGAGAUGUACCGGUACAGCGAGGACGAGGACUCAGAGGGCGAAGAGAAGAGCGAUGGGGAGUUGGUGGUGCUCACAGACUGAUCCCCAGCUAGCUGGGCCUGGCCUGUCUCCACUGGGGAAGACCUCGUUCCCAACCCAGCAGGCACAGCCAGCCAUCCUGAACUAUGUUGGUACUUGGACUUGGGUGUGCCCAGGUGAUCGGUGAAGCUGUGCACUUGUAGAUACAUUCCCAAGGUGUGUGUGGGGGGGGGGGCGGUGUCCUCUUUGGGCACAUCUGGGGUUAGUGUCCUGGCUGGGUGGGAUUCAUGUGGCUGUGAUGGGCCAAGCUGGCGGAGGUCUUUGGCCCUUGGGGGUUAAUGGCCAGGGAACACUGGAUGUACUCCCUCUUGUAGUCCCACCUACCUGAGGGGAUGGCAGGUACACGCCUGUCCCCAAACAUGCUUUGUUUCCAUUUUGUCUUGGGCAAACCAGCCAUGGUGGGACAACAUGUCUGCCCCCAGAAGCUCCCAGGCUACUCCUCUGUCUCCUGGAUCACUUCGUACUUCGUACAGAAGGGUCUGGCUCUCUAUCCUGUCCUUGUCUUCCAAGUCCAUGUGCCUCUCUCGCCUCAGAGAGAGAGAGAGAGAGAGAGAGAGAGAGAGAGAGAGAGAGAGAGAGAGAGAGAGAGAGAGAGAGAGAGAGAGAGAGAGAGAGAAUGUCUGUCUGUCUGUCUGUCUGUCUGUUCUCACACGUCAUCUCCCCUCUAUGGGCAGAAGGUAUUUGCUAAGUGGCUGCUGUGAGCCAGGCAUGUUGAUGAGCUCUGCGAUGUCUCUCUUGAUGCUUUUCUGGGGGCCUCUUCUGUGCUUCUUUGUCCCCAAAUUGCUACCUCUUCGUCAGUCUGGUGUCUCAGGUUCUGUGUGUUCUCUCCCAGUGUGCAUUUCUCUCUAUUCCUCCAUCUGCCCCACGCUCACUGGAUUCUCUGGGGUUCUGCAGGACCCAGCCUGCCUCUGGGACUGGCAGUUUCCUGACCCCACGCCGACCCCUUUCCUCCCCCUGACUUUGCCAGUCAUUUCCCACGGAGCCAUUUUUAGCUCCUAGUACUGUGAGAGUGUGCCUCAGCCUCCAAGGGGCUAUGUCCAGAUUUUCAACCCGAGUCCCGGGCGCAGGGGCCAGAGGACUGAUGACUCCUCUCUUUGUCGGUGACAGCCCCGCAGAGGGAACCCCAUGGCAGCUGGUCUCUAUCUCUUCUUCAUGUCCUGGGGAAUGGGCUACAUUCCUGAUAAACUUCCUGGUUGUUUCCCAAGAAAAUCAAAGACCAUUAGCACCUAGCUCCAAAGAUCUGGCACAGUCCCAAGCCAGGGAGAUGACCCCAAACCCCACAUGGCCAGGUGCCCCCCACUCCUCCCAUGACCCUAUUUCUCUCCAGACUGUUUCUUUUUAUGACUGUAAACAUAGAUAGUGCUUUAUUUUGUUACUAAGAAGAUAAUGAUGAAUAACUUAACCAGCACAUUUGUUUUCUGAUGGCAUAAUAAAGACCGACCAUUUCAGAAUUCA